AACAUUGAAUAAUAAAGGUUCUGGGUGUAUAUUAGUAUCCUGGUAUACCAAACAACAGAAAGCUCCGAGUCUCCAAACAUGCUCAAACUAUUCUAUAGUUCGUAAAUGUUUUUACCAGCACACCCAUCGCUCCUGAAACCUUGGUUCAUUUCAACCUUAAACUUGGAAAACACCCUGAACAUUGAUGCUUCUUAAAUCUUUGUAAAAGUGAAAGUGAAAAAAUCUUGUCAAUGAAAAAUACCAAUUUUUCACAAAUCAAGGAUUUAUUAGUUUUUAAUAACCAAUGUUCGCUGUGAAACAUUAGUGACUCAGUACAGUGCAGUGUGGAAAGAACGGGAGAGAGAGAGAAGUGAUAUAAUUAACUCAAUAAUAAAAACACAGAUGUCACUCAAUGUCACUUCUUGACUAUGUGAUUCAUCAACAAUGCUACUCAAUUUCUUUAGAAUUUAAUGGAAUAGAAGCCAGCGAUCCAAUGGGAUGUUGUUUAAGCAAGAAGAAGGCGUACACUAGUAGGGACGAGAAUGAAAAACUGAUCUUCUCUGAAUACCGGAGAUCCCGCCCCUUGUUCGAUCCAUGGGGCUCCAGUACCAACCUGGAGACAGGGAGAGGAGAUGUUCAUCCGCCCGAGGGAGAAGGACAGGAAGGAGUUCAAGUACUUGUCGUAGAUCUUAGAGCAGAAACUGAUUCUUCCAACAAUCAUAUUAUUCAGAUUCGUCGGACUGGGAAUAAAAAUAUUGAGUGUCAGACAGAUUCUGCCGAAGGAGUAGAUUUCGAUUGGGAUCUUUCAGAUAAAACAGAUAUUGAAACUCAGACUCAACUCCCAUCCAGAGUUCCAUCUUCAAAACCUGCACCCAGCGAUGCAAUUGUACAAACGGAUCAGAGAAUAGUGUUCCGAGGAAGCCCUCUGGAAAAAGCAAAAUCUACACAAAUAAACACCUCCAUCUCCCCCGAACCUAGCUCAAGGAAGGACGCUUUUGUUCAAACCAUUUGGGACACACAGGAUAUUGGGAUUCAGGUUCUACCUGGAGAACUGGAUGAGGGAGAGGGAGGGGGAGGAGGCUGGGAUAAGAUGUGGAGGGGAAGAGGAGGAGUGAGAUCCUUACUUCAGUAA